AUGAACGGGCCAGCCUGGUUGUACCUGUUUGUUGUUUUGGUUAAUGCAGUGAAUCUGUUCAUGCAGGUGUUUUUCACCAUUAUGUACAGCGACUUGGAGGUCGAUUAUAUCAAUCCCAUCGAUCUGUGCAACAAGCUGAACGUCUACCUCAUUCCAGAGGCUGCUCUGCAGGGCUUUGUGACGCUUUUGUUUUUGAUUACCGGCCACUGGCUGUCGUUUUUGCUCAAUCUGCCGAUUUCUCUGUUCAAUGGCAAUCAGAUUUUUAAAAACCAGUACCUGCUAGAUGCUACCGAGAUCUUCCGCACGCUCGGCCGUCACAAGAAGGAGAGUUUUUCGAAGCUGGGCUUCCAUCUGCUUAUUUUCUUCUUUUACCUCUACUCGUUCAUCGUUGCUCUUAUUGGCAACGACUAA